AUGUCGAAGAUGAGCUAUGAGCAUAAACCCCAUAAGAGCCCCAUGAAUGGUCGACUUUGGCAUCAAAUGCUUGACUCCAAGGCUGAACAGUAUCCAGACAAUGAAGCAGUGAUCAUGUAUGAUAUGGACAUGAAUCGAUCUGCCAUGACGUUUGCUGAAUACAGAGACAGAUCCACCUACCUUGCUGCAUCCCUUCUUGAGCUUGGUCUAUCACGUGGACAACGCGUGUUGUUAGUAGGACAAACAAGUCUGCGCUACAUUGUAUUUGCGAUGGCUCUGCACCGCAUCGGUUGUAAUGCCAUUCUACUGGGUCCAGGAGAUGUAACGCCUGAUAAAGUAAAACUUCUAAAGACACUAAACUGUAGAAUGAUUGCUUACGAUCCAGAAAUGAAGGAAUCACAAAGGAAGCAGCUGUUUGAAGGAAUCAACCAGCUUAUUCAACACAAUAUAGAUAACAGUAUUGACAAGCAGAUUGUUAUUUCCAUGAAUACCUUUUCUGGGGAUUGUGGAGACGACCAAUCUAUUACCUACGAGGGCCUCAUGACAAGUGGUCAAUCCCAAGACCUAGAGAAACUUAAAGCAGCUCAAAACGAAGUUCAGUUUGACGAUCCUAUUGUGGCAUUGUUUACUUCAAGCAGCACAGGGGAAUCAAAAGCAGUGCAACUAAGCACCCAUUCCACUCUGAACGUUUUCAAUGGUGCUUCAUUUGGUCAGAAAAGAGAUUUGCUACGCUCGAUGCACCUGAAAUAUGACCUUAGUAACGUCAGUGUGUUUACUAUGUUUGGUCAGCGGUUCAGCUUGGAUACAGUGGCAACACUCACCACAAUAUUCCCUAAAGUAGCACUAGCACUAUUGUAUGCGUCUUCGGAGUCGCAGUCGCUUGCGAAGAUGAUAGUAAUCAAAGAAACGGCAGUAGAAGAAAAGUACGCCAAACUGACCAUUAAUGAAGGUGUUGAAGUUAAAAUUGUCGACGAAGAAAGUAAGUUGGUAUCCAGAGGAACUCCUGGAGAAAUCUGUGCGCGAAAUGCCUCGGUUUUUUUGGAAUAUUUGGAGAACCCUGAAGCUACCAAGCAAACCAAAUCAUCGACAGGCUGGGUUCACAUGGGAGAUACAGGAAUCAUGUAUGAUGAUGGUAAGAUCGAGAUGAUUGGAAGAAAGACAGAAAUUAUCAAACGAGCAACCGUGAAGAUUUGUCCUGCCCACAUUGAAAAAGUUCUGUUGCAGCACCCACAAGUGGCAGAUGUUGUUGUGGUUGGUAUCCCUGAUCAGCAGUUGCACGAGGAGGUCUGCGCAUGCCUAAUUCUACGCGAGGAUACAAAAAGUGAUGGGUCGGACGAGGAGGCAAAAGUUCUAGAGAUAAGGGAAUGGUGUAAGAGACAGUGGCCUCCUGGACCAGAUGGGCUGAGCUUGACACCCAAAUAUAUUCUUCCAAUGAAAAAGUUCCCCUUAUUAGAAAGAACAGGGAAGACUAUCUNCCUUAGUCACAUUGGUGUGUUUAGUAUGAUUGGUCAGCGGUACAGCUCGGAUACAAUAGCGAGGAUACAGAAAGUGAUGACAGAAAUUAUCAAACGAGCAACCGYRAAGAUUUKUCCUGCCCACAUUGAAAAAGUUCUGUUGCAGCACCCACAAGUGGCAGAUGUUGUUGUGGUUGGWAUYCCUGAUCAGCAGUUGCACGAGGAGGUCUGCGCAUGCCUAAUUCUACGCGAGGAUACAAAAAGUGAUGGGUCGGACGAGGAGGCAAAAGUUCUAGAGAUAAGGGAAUGGUGUAAGAGACAGUGGCCUCCUGGACCAGAUGGGCUGAGCUUGACACCCAAAUAUAUUCUUCCAAUGAAAAAGUUCCCCUUAUUAGAAAGAACAGGGAAGACGUUUGUGCGAGGGGUUAAGGAUUAUGCUUUAAAAACCCUUAACGUUUAG